AUGGCAUCUAAGCUUGUCGCAAUCGUCGCGGGCGUCGGUCCUGGAACUGGUGCCGCAGUCGCCCGGAAAUUCGCGGCCGCCUAUCCCGUCGUUCUUCUUGCCAGGAAUCCCGAGAAUUUCGAGUCCCUCGCGAAAGAGAUCAAUGGCAACGGAGGCAAGGCGAUCGGAAUCAGUACUGAUAUCUCUGAUUCGAAGAGCGUGGAUGCUGCGUUUGAGAAGAUAGAGAAAGAGUUUGGUCCGGGUGUGAGCGCUGCUGCGGCCGUGUUCAAUGCGAGCGGUAGAUUCGUCCGCAAACCGUUCCUAGAACUGACCGAGGAAGACUUCACGGCUGGUCUGGAUGUCAGUGGGAAAGGCGCUUUCCUAUUCUCAAAAGCAACCUUGCCCUUACUCCUGAAAGGCGUCGAGCAGGGGUCUAAAUACCCCCCAGCUCUCAUCUUCACUGGCGCCACGGCAUCCAUCAGAGGCUCAGCACAGAUGUCGUCUUUCGCGAGCGGCAAGUUCGCCUUGAGAGCGCUGAGCCAGUCGCUGGCUAGGGAAUUUGGUCCGAAGGGCGUGCAUGUGUCUCACGCUAUCAUUGACGGGGUUAUCGAUAUCCCGCGAACUAAGGAGUGGCUCAAGGAUGCACCUGCUGAUGCCAAGUUGAGCGCUGAUGGGAUUGCGGAAGUUUAUUGGCAGUUGCAUACUCAGCAUCGGUCGACGUUUGCCUGGGAGAUCGACCUUAGGCCAUAUAUUGAGAAAUGGUAG